AUGGCGGAAAGGAAGAAGAGAAUGCUGAUGGUUUUGAAAACUCUUGUCCUCCUGGGACUCAUGGCUGCGUCUAUGCUAUUUGCUUCACUGGAGCCUCUCUCCCUUAUUUCUCUGAAGAGCACCACUCCUGGCCUCUCUUUCAAAGAGCACGAAAGCGUGAACUUUUAUGUGUGUUUGUUUUUCAUCGCUUUCCUGCUCCCUCCUCUGCAGUACUUUAUUUUGCUGAUAGGAGGGUCCAAUACGAACCUUUACAAUCUCUGUCUGGAGUCGUAUCUUGGCUGCACGUUUACUUUCCUUGUGACCAACAUCAUCAAAUGGUGUGUCGGAAGAGAAAGACCAGACUACGCAGACAGAAUAGCAAGAACCAUAGGACAGACAAGGCUGGAGGCAAAAAGAUCAUUUCCCUCAGGACACAGCUCCAUGUCCUUUGCUGCUGCCUUUUAUCUGGCAUACGAGUCAUCACUCGCCAUUAAAAAAGUGAGAAGCAACGGAGCAAAGGCUGUGCUGAUAUACAUGGGAAUAGUGGUGCCCCUGGGCCUGGCUGGAAUAGUAGCAUACACUAGAAUACUGGACCACAAGCACGACGUAAUAGAUGUAACGGUGGGAUCGCUUCUCGGGCUAUUUAUUCCCUACUCCAUCAGGAAUGUGAUAAUGAGGGAGAGACGAAUUGAGUCUAUGAAGAAUGUAGUCGUGCAAUGA